GCAGGGCUCUGGCAGUGUGAUGCGUCUCCUCAGCUGUGUACUGCUGCUGGCCUGCUGCUUCAGCAGAGUGGCCGGCAGGCCGCACCUGAGCCAGGGGGAGAGGAGCUUGUGGCUGGAGGCCGUCAAGAAGGGAAUCCUGGAAUCUCUGGGGAUGGACGGACCACCAGCGUCCCAUGUGAAACCUCGGCAGGAAGAGCUGAGGAGGAUGUAUUUCCUGUACGAGAGGGAACUUCAGGAGCUACACCGGAACCACAGUCAGGCUGCAGGGACCCAGCGCCCCACAGUUAACAGAGCCUCCACAGUACUCUUACCAGCUCAGGUUCAAUACCUCGAAACCCAGCGAUUCAGGGCCAUCUUCCACAAGACACAUCUCAUCAGGAAGGAGCUUAUUCUGGUGCAGGCCAAGCUGAAACUCUGUGGACAUUUUCUGGACAAACACCGGUCGGGUCAGCCUGUGCCUCGGCAAGAGGUCCAAGUCAAAAUACAUCAGAUAAUUAACAAAACUGCCCAAGAGCCAUUGAAGAAUGAUGGCCUUGUUUUGACAAAAGUCUUAGAUUCUAACAGCUUGACUCUAGAUAUUCACCCCACUGUUGAAAUCUGGAGAGCAAGUAUGGAGGAGCCUCUGGUGCUAGAAGUAGAGUUUGUUACAGGAAGAGAGAAGCAUCCAGAGGGUACCCCUGAGCUGGUCUUGGAAAUGGAAGUGACUGAACCUGUGUUGGAAAAGAGGAGGAAACGGAGGCGGGCGCCUGUCAAAGACGACUGCGAGGGGGAGGACAGGUGCUGCCGGAAGUCCCUGAGCGUCUCUUUCAAGGACAUUGGUUGGUCAGAUUGGGUGGUGGCCCCUGAGGGCUACACCAUGUACUUCUGCGACGGCUCGUGUCCCAGCAACUACAGGCCGGCCAGCAUGCACACCCAGGUCAAGUCGCGCUUGCACCGCAUGACUAAGGGAGCCACGCCCCGACCCUGCUGUGUGCCGGCCUCCUACGAGCCCAUGGUGAUCAUGCACUACGACAGCCAGGGGAAGCUCACGUUCACCACGUUCAAUGACAUGAUUGUCAGCAGCUGCCACUGCGCCUGAUACACCAUUGCCAAGGACAAAAACAACAAAACAAUGGCAAAUUUUUUUACACUGAAAAGAUUGAAAACAUUUGAAACCAGAGUAAAAAUUAUUAAUAACCUCGAACCUGGAACCUGAAUUAAAUAAUAUGCAGCUAAAAGCAGUUUGUGCACCUAUUACGUUGUUACUCAUGCUCAGGUUUUGCUUACUUCACUGCCUACUGCAGUACUGUACCUCAAAAGUGCUUUGUUUAUGUGUGAAUCAUUUUUAAGUCAAACAAAUUCAUUUUUUUUGUAUUUUGAAUUACAUAUUGUGUGAAAUACAGUAGUGAAUAAGACAGCGAAUCCGAUUUGUAUUCUGAUUCCUUAAAAAAAUACAUACAUGAAACGUACAUUUUUAAAAGUUAUUGGAUAUUUAUUGAAAGAUGUAUGUUGGCGUUAUUUAUUGAUUCUGUCUGUUUUCAAGGAUGUACCAUGUGUAUUUUAAAUGAAGCAUUGAGCUAUUCAUAUUGAAUAAAGCCUUAUAUUCUUUAAAAAAAUGACAAAAUCCAGUUUAAAUCUUCUUUUAAAACAUUUUUAGGAAAGAAAUAUUUAAA